AUGGUUGGCUCGCAACCCAACCUCUUCGCUUUCCCAUCCGUCGAUGCCCUUGCCACAACUCUCCGCCAAUACAUCGUGCAAGCGCAAACUGCCGGUCUCAACCGUCACAACGCCUUCAAGAUCGCCGUCUCUGGAGGUUCUCUUCCAAAAACCCUUGCUGCAGCCCUACUCACCCCAUCAAGCGGGCCCGAAGAUGUUAUACAAUUUUCCAAAUGGGAAAUCUUUUUCGCAGACGAAAGAGCCGUUCCUCUCGAUCAUGAAGAUUCCAAUUACGCUCUGUUAAAAAGCGAACUGCUCGAUAAAAUCCCCGCCAACAUGGGGAAACCUAACGUCCACCCAAUCGAUACGGCGCAUUUGGAUGAUGUGCAAGAAAUGGCGGAUCAAUAUGAACAACUUCUUGUACGCAGUUUUGCAUCGAGAGAUUCGGUCAAAUUGCCUAUUUUUGAUUUGUUGCUUUUGGGGUGUGGUCCUGAUGGUCAUACAUGUAGUUUAUUCCCUGGUCAUGCGUUAUUGAGGGAAACGGAUGCGUGGGUUGCGCCGAUUGAAGAUAGUCCAAAGCCACCACCAAGGAGGAUUACACUUACAUUACCAGUUGUUACUCAUGCGGUUAAGAUAGCUUUUGUGGCAACCGGAGGUGGAAAGAAGGAAAUCAUGAAGGCAAUUUUCGAAGGAGGGAAUGGAUUACCUUGUGCAUUGGUUAACGAAGGGGCGAGGGAGAGGUGUAGUUGGUUUGUCGAUAAUGCGGCGGUUGAGGGUGUCAGUUACCCCAGGAAAGGAAGUCUUUAA